CCUUUUGUUUUUACAGUGCUAACAAAUGGAAAGCUGGAGAAUGAAACUGCGUUAAUAAACAACACGCUUUCCAAAGCUAAAUGAAGUACGACAGACAGUAUAACCCCGGACUAUCAAUCAUUCAGAUUAUGUCUUUUCUCUACAUGUUUCUCUCACUUUCUGUCUAUUCACCUGUCACAUUUGAUUAAAUUCAGUCCUGGCAGAGCUGAAAGUAUAGCUUGUGGCUUUGAAACUUUCCACGUGUCGUGUGAGGCUUCACUUGUUUGAACCCAUCUGAGCUCCAGGGUGCUGGGAGCCAUGCUCUGCUCCAUGAUGGUUUCUUCUGAAGUCACACCACAGGCGGACUUCAAUGCACAGGGGAUGGCAGGGAAGUGGUACCUGAUUGGAUUUUCCACCAAUGCCGAAUGGUUUGUCAGCCACAAAGCCAGCAUGAAGAUGGGCACAGCCAUGUUCACCCCAACUGGAGACGGGGACCUUGACAUUUCAUACGCCAGUCUGAACGCUGAUGGCACUUGCUUUAGACUGAACAACCUGGCCAAGAAGACUGGUACGCCUGGAAAGUUCACAUACUCAAGCUGGGACAAUCAGAACGACAUGCGCAUGGUUGAGGUGAAAUAUGACGAGUACGCCCUGGCUCACACCAUCAAGUCCAACGCCGGUGACAACACUGUUGUCAACAAACUAUACGGUCGUGGAGUCGACAUCGGAGCCGAUCUGAUGGAGAAGUUCAGGCAGUUCUCGUUGGAGACCGGCAUCCUGCCUGAAAAUAUCGCCAUCCUUCCAAGAAAUGGAGAAUGCCCAGCUGCCUAGUUGUUCCCUGAUCAGGCCACAAAUCCUGUUCGAAGAUCUUAAAGAUCUCAUUGUGAAUAUUCUUUAUCUAUCGAGGUCUCUGUCUUUGUUUUUUACUUUGAUCUUUUAUUUGUUGUAUUAAUAAUAAAGCUCCCAAUGGCACCGAACAUGACAGAAAGCCUGCUUUCACUGAGAAAUAUUUGAUCUGCCUUCACUAUGUUGAUUGUUUUUGGAACUUAUAUAAUGAUCUGCUGUCAAUAAUAAUGUGUUCGAUGCUGCUUUUUCUGCUUUAAUAGCUUUAGAAGUUUAAAGUUUCCUCAUCAUUUUGGUUGAAGUUGAAUAUUGUACCACAAUUGUGUCACAGACUGAUGCUUGUACAAAUUGUUCUCUGAGGAAUUCUAGUGAUGCUACAAUCCCCAUGAGUGGGUUUACAAUUAUUUUGUCUCCUACAGCAUCUCUGCCAUUUGUUUCAGACUUUUCCACUGAUCUACAGACAGUGGUAAUGCAACAAAAUGCAGCAGUGAUCUAUUAAAAGAAGAGUGAAGAUUGACUGCUAGCUAAUACCAGGCGGAGAAAGCUGCAGAUUUAAACCUCUUAAGAAUUUUAAACAUGGAAACUUUUUUUCCAGGUGUGACAUGGAUUUAGCAUUUUGUUUCUGGCAUUUGGGAACACAAAAAUGAAGCAAAUUUAAAGGAAAAAUUACUUUAAAAAAAGAGAACUCCAAAGUGGGAGA